AUGUCAAACACCCUGAUGGGGCCAUUGCCGACAGUUCCUUCAAUCUCAACCUCAAACACCCUGAUGGCGACAUCCUCUGCAGUGCUUUCAAUCACCUUCAAUUUCAAUGUCAAACACCCUGACGGAGACAUCCCCCACGGCACCUUCAAUCUCAACCUCAAACACCCCGACGGUGACAUCCUCCGUGGUGCUUUCAAUUUUAAUGACAAACACCCCGACGGAGACAUCCCCCACAGCACCUUCAAUUUCAAUGUCAAACACCCUGAUGGAGACAUCCCCCAUGGCACCUUCAAUCUCAACCUCAAACACCCCGACGGUGACAUCCUCCGUGGUGCUUUCAAUUUUAAUGACAAACACCCUGACAGAGACAUCCCCCACGGCACCUUCAAUUUCAAUGUCAAACACCCUGACAGAGACAUCCCCCACGGCACCUUCAAUCUCAACCUCAAACACCCCGACGGUGACAUCCUCCGUGGUGCUUUCAAUUUUAAUGACAAACACCCUGACGGAGACAUCCCCCACGGCACCUUCAAUUUCAAUGUCAAACACCCUAAUGGAGACAUCCCCCAUGGCACCUUCAAUCUCAACCUCAAACACCCCGACGGUGACAUCCUCCGUGCAGCGCUUUCAAUUUCAAUGUCAAACACCCCGACGGAGACAUCCCCCGUGGCACCUUCAAUUUCAAUGUCAAACACCCUAAUGGAGACAUCCCCUGCAGCACCUUCAAUCUCAACCUCAAACACCCCGACAGUGACAUCCCCGUGCAGCACCUUCAAUUUCAAUGUCAAACACCCCAACGGAAACAUCCCCAGUGGCGCCUUCAAUCUCAAUGUCAAACACCCCAAUGGAGACAUCCCCAACAGAACCAUCAAUUCCAGUUUGACACCCCAAUGGAGCCACAAAUGA